AGCGCAUGCCAGCUAAGAGAACCCCACCCCUGUUGCUCCUCCCACAUGCAGUUUAGUCAAAUCUCUAUAAUACUAAUCUCCACUUCUGAUACUUUUAAUUCUGUAGGGAUCUGUGUAUGACAAUAUUAUUACCAUAUUAAUGCGGUAAUAAAUAGUAAUUCCCACGCCGGUUAACAGGAAGACGAAGGAGGAGGAGGUGAACAAUGAAAACAAACAGUUAUCGAGCUUUGUAAUUUUUCCGUUGUUCAAAUGUAGCAGUCCCCCGGAUUCUUAAUUCUUCGAUUCAGUUCAAUCCGUCUAUGUCACCUGUACAGACAUACAUCUACGCAUCUUUACUGGUUGAUUACAGGCAGAUACGAUAAGAUUGCGCAUUUUCCCCGAUGGCGGCGAAUUAUAGUACGUCUCGUAAUCCGGGGAGCUCGAAGUUUCAGUUUGGCGGAGGAAGUGUGAGUCUUGCGUCCAGGCUGAGAUCCUCGUCGUUGAAGAAGCCGCCCGAGCCGCUCCGCAGAGCCGUGGCUGAUUGUCUAUCGGCUUCGGCUCCACCUCACCAUGGAACCUCCUCGGCUGCCUCGUCCGAAUCUUCUAGGACUCUCCGGGUUAGAAUUUGCACCUGUUUUCUGCUAGAUUUUUUGCUUUGUUUUGGGCUUUGGAUAUUGGUGCUUGGUGGAGGCAUUUUCAUGACUUUCUUUUGGUGAGAUCUGUCCCCAGUUUAGCUGGGAAGGUUAAAUUGUUUUUGUCUUGUUAGUGUGUAAUUCUUGAUUAUUUAGGCUUUUGCCAUUGGAUUCGAAAAGUGGGUAUAUGGAAUUAAAAAAAGAACCGAUUUUGGUUCAGUUUUGCCUAAAACUAAAAUGCAUUACUUUACGUGUGUGGAAGUUGCUCAUUUCAUAAGCUCGUUAGACUGUUGGAAUAAUCUGAUUUCCAGCUUCUGCUUUGUAUUGAAAAGGUAGUAGGUAAAGAAGGGAGAAGUAGAUGUAAACAAAGUAUUUUACCCCUUAUUUUGAAACGGCAGUAGGAAAAGAAGGGAUAAGUAGAUGUAAGAUUUUCAGAGAAUUGUAAUACUAACACUCUCUCUAGUUCUGCAAUGCACUUGUUGGUUUAUUUAGCGCGCACACAUACACAUAGUAAUAUUGGUAAAGGCUGCAAUUCCGGUUUAGAAAGUUUGUCACAUCGACAUGAUUUAUGAAGGUAUACUCUUUUGUACCUCUACCUAAGCAUAAAACUCAAAGGCAUAAUGCAUGUGAUGAUUCAGUACUAUAGACUUUUCCUCCGCGUGUUUUUAAAUAUUUCAUUUAGAAGAGACCAUAAUAAAUAAUACCAUCUUAUUGUUUGAGUUUUUAUUUGUACCUUUCUUCCUUUCAAUGACAGACUGUCACUUCUUUUUUCAAGUCCUAAAUUGUGGUAGUAGUUAUCCAAUGUUCAACAUCCAUUCAUUAAUGAUGAAAUUAGAAGCUGAACUGCAAGGGUUGUAGUUUACGGGGCUAUCCAAAGAUUAUUAAGCUUAAUAUGCUUUCCAGUUUCCUCAUCCCAAUUAUGUGUUCCAAAUGUUGUUUAUAAUUUGACCACUACUUCCAACCUCCAAGGACUUUAAAAUUGAACCAUUUAACCUUGAGAGUGCAUGUAAGAGGUGUAAGAUUGGCCCUCCUUCCAACUAUACAAACAAACAAACAACAACAACAUUACUACAGUGCCAAAAAGGCUCUCACCUAUGGUGGGGUAAGGGGGGUCAGAUGUACGCAACCUUACCCAUGUACUAAAGCACAGGGAGACUGUUUUCGGAUGACUCAUGAUGAAAAUUGCUUCGAAAAUUGCAUGGACUUACUGCCGCUUCAUAACAAAGAAGCGCAGACAGUUGACUGAGCUAUUUUGCUUUAUUCCAUCAUAUUCACAAGCCAAAAAAUAGUGAGUCUUUGGCUCCAUUGGAAAUGAUGGAAAACCCGUCUUCCAACUAUAUGUGCCAAAAAAGUUUAACAUAAAAAAACAGUUGAAAGUUGAAACGACUGGAUUUGGACCAUACCGUAGUGAAUACUAAUUAUUACAGUGUAGUUAGAAUGAUAAUCAUGAAUGCAAUUAAAAAUGUGGCCGUACCGAAAGGAUCAUCUCAUUCUUGGCUGAUUGGCUCCUUGUGAAAAUGUAAACUCACUUUUUUUACUUAAUAUGAGUCAUUUCAAUGUUUUUGACGUGACUAGGUUGCACUGCAUCGAUGUUUUAAAUAAAAGGCUAUACUUUUGCAGUUUUCUUAAAUAAAUAGCCAUCCAAAGCAAAAAUGGCUGCUUCUUCAAUUGUCCCUUCUGUUUUUAAUAAAAUGAUGGAUUUGCUUAUUUGAUUAUGGUGUAAAUGUAAUAAUAGAAACACAAAAAGAAAAUCUCAUGAUUAAUAAUGGAUAUAUACUCUUUCACAGGAUUACUUGGCCUCACAUUCCACAACGGACUUGGCUUAUGGUGUAAUUUUAGAUCACACCCUAGCAGAACGUGAGCGCAGCCCUGCUGUGGUAGCAAAAUCUGUGGCACUUUUGAAACGGUAUCUGUUAAGGUAUAAACCAAGCGAAGAAACACUACUACAGAUUGAUAGGUUCUGCUUAAGCAUAAUUGCGGAAUGUGAUAUGACUACAAACCGGAAACUGGCACCAUUGCCACGUUCGUUAGGACAACAAAGUGGUGCAUCGGUUUCAUCUGUCACUGUAUCUCCUUUACCUGUGUCAAGUUUUGCAUCAGCUGCUCUUGUGAAGUCCUUACAUUAUGUCCGUUCUCUGGUGGCUCAACAUAUCCCAAAACGGUCAUUUCAACCUGCAGCUUUUGUUGGGGCGCCUCUUGCGUCAAGGCAAGCACUCCCAUCAUUGUCAUCUUUAUUGAGAAGAUCCUUCACUACCCAGCUAAACCCUUCAAAUGUCAAAGAGUCUCCAAAAAGUAUAGAAAUGUCUACCAUAUCUUCUUCUUAUUCACCAAUUCUUGAAGAAGCUGAUACUCUGGAAGAUCAGGGUUUCAUGCCAGUUGAUGUUUUUAAGUGGCGUUGGUGCAGAGAUCAACAGCAAUCUCUAUCUUUGCCUAAGAGUGAUCAAACUUUGAAUCCCAAAGAAGUCAGUGCACAUAAUUUCCUAGAAGUUGGUGCAGCAGCUCUGCUUGUAGGGGACAUGGAAGCCAAAAUGAAGGGUGAGCCUUGGAGAGUAUAUGGCAGCACUGAAAUGCCUUAUCUGGAUCAACUGUUGCAGCCAUCUUUGCUGACGACUGUCACAAAUUCUGCCUCUGCUCGUGCACACUUAAGAGCAAUAACGGCACUAAAACGCUCUAAAGCAGGGCCUAAUGAGAUAUGGGAGGAUUCUCCAGUGAGCACCUUCCGGCCUCGUACAAAGCCACUUUUUCAGUAUCGCCACUACAGUGAACAACAACCUCUGCGAUUAAACCCCACAGAAGUCUGUGAAGUUAUUGCUGCUGUUUGCUCAGAGAGUCCUGCUCCAAAUGCUUAUUUUAUGACGGUCUCAUCUAAACUGAGUAAUAACAGUGGAAAACCAUCUAUAGAUGUUGCUGCUAGUGUUCUCGUGAAACUUGUUAUUGACAUGUAUGUUUUAGAUUCUGAGCUUGCUGCUCCGCUUACUCUAUCAAUGCUUGAGGAAAUGAUCAAUGCUCCUCGGUUGGGAUCGAAAGAUAGGGCAUUUGAUUUAAUCCUUAAUCUUGGAAUUCAUGCUCACUUGUUAGAGCCUCCAGCAGCUGAUGAGGCUUCUUCAAUUGCAGAAGAAUAUUCUGAAGAAGCAUAUUUUGACUGUGAAACUCAAUUUUCUCCAGAUAAGAAAAAACCAACUGGGAAUUACGUGGCUAUUGAGAAAUUUGAAUGUUGGAUUUUAGGCAUUCUUUGUGAGGUUCUUCUUCAUCUUGUCCAGACGGAAGAGAAAGAAGAGUCUGUAUGGGCAUCUUCCCUGAGCUGUUUGCUUUAUUUUGUGUGUGAUAGAGGCAGAAUACGGAGAAGCAGACUUAGAAGUCUUGACAUCCGAGUUGUUAAGGCACUUAUAGAAGUUAGCAGUAGAAAUUCAUGGGCAGAAGUAGUUCAUUCCAAGCUUAUUGGCAUGUUCACAAAUAUGUUCUAUGAAAUACCAGAGGACUCUGAUAAAUCUCUACCAGCUACACCUGCUUUUCUUAUUCAGCAAGUUGAUUUGAUCGGUGGAAUUGAGUUCAUUUUUGCAGAGUUGAUGCUGUCAAACUCUAGGGAAGAGAGGAGGAAUCUUUACCUUGUUUUGUUUGAUUAUGUUGUGCAUCAAAUAAAUGAGGCAUGCAUGAUGGCUGGAAUUUCUGAAUAUAGUGAUGAUGAAGUUCAACCUAUUGCAACACUACUUAUGCUUGCAGAUGCACCUGAAGCAUUACACAUUUCAAUCAAACUCGGGGUGGAAGGUAUUUUGGAGCUUUUGAGAAGAUCUAUAUUUACCCCACUGUCCAGAUAUCCCAGUAGCGAUCGGCUUAUUACGUUCUUGGAAAAAAUUGUAGAGAAACUUGAAAUGCUUAUAAAGUCAUUUACACAUCUUGACAAAGAGUUUGCCCAGUCAAGACAAAUGACGAAAUCACUCAAAUCUUUGAAAAGCAUCGAUGAAGUUUUACUUCUAAAGAAUGGAAUAGAUGGGGUUUCUGGAAGCAGCAUUCACAUGAAAGCAAAACUUUCUUGGGCUACAUUACAUUCUCUUCUUCAUUCAGAGAGAACUGCUUGUCGUCAUAAUGGCUAUCUAUGGUUGGGUGAUCUGCUGAUUGCGGAAAUUACCGAGGGAAGGGAUGAAAGUAUAUGGUCAAGCAUCCGAAAGUUGCAGCAGAAAAUAGAAGCCCUUGCUGAUGUUAAUGAUUAUUCACCAGAUUUAGAUAUCCCUAUAUCUAUCUGGCUCAUGUUUGGGAUGUUGAAGUCAAAAAACAGUGUUAUCAGAAUUGGAUUCCUAUUUGUUUUAGAGAGGCUUCUCAUGCGAUGUAAAUUUUUGUUGGAUGAGAGUGAAGUCCAACAUGUGAUAAGUGGUGAAGCUGUUGGAAAUCUGCAUGACAAGAGUCGCCUUGAGAAAGCAAAUGCAGUGAUAGACAUUAUGAGUAGUGCAUUGUCCCUGAUGGCCCAGUUAAAUGAAACAGAUGGUUUGAAUAUAUUGAAGAUGUGUGAAAUUCUGUUGUCUCAGUUGUGCCUUAAAGUUCUUCCCUCUGGUGUCAAAGACACUGGCUGGAACAAGAAGGAUGAUGCAGGGGAACUUCAUCCUCUGUAUCUUGAGGAACCUUUCAAAGACACCAAUACCAAACACGGAAAAAGUAAAGACCCGCCAAUAUGUGAAACUGCGUCCAUGGCAGCACUGCUUCUUCAUGGGCAAGCCAUCGCUCCUAUGCAAUUGGUUGCACGUGUCCCUACUGAUUUGUUUUAUUGGCCAUUGAUUCAACUUGCUGGUGCUGCAACAGACAACAUUGCAUUAGGUGUUUCAGUUGGUAGCAAAGGAAGAGGAAACGUUCCUGGUGCUACUUCAGAUAUAAGAGCCACCCUGUUAUUACUUUUAAUUGGUAAAUGCACUGAAGAUCCUGCAGCUUUUGAAGAUGUUGGUGGAGAACCAUUCUUUAGGGCAUUACUGGAGGAUAUAGAUUCAAGAGUUGCUUAUUACUCUUCCACUUUCCUUCUAAAGAAAAGAAUGUCCGAAGAACCUGAAAGUUACCAGCGUUUGCUACAUAAUCUUGUUUCAAGGGCUCAGCAGAGCAACAACGAAAAACUAUUGGAAAAUCCCUACCUCCAGAUGCGGGGCAUACUUCAGCUAUCGAGUGACUAAUCCAUGUUCUUUCCCAAGUUUCAAACAUCCACCAACUGAAGAAUCUUGAUGUAUAUCAGUUGUAGUACUAACAAAGUUCCAAUGCUGAAGGCCAGCAACCAGCGUGCACUUGUUUCAAUCAGUUGGUUGAAAUGCCGCAAUCAUGCCAACUAUUCUCUUCUUCAGAUCUAUUAUGCAGCCUAUGUUGCUUUCUGGAAGCAUUUCUGGAGGUCUGUAGCACAAUUGUGUGCAUACCAAGGGAUGUGAUUAAGAAUUCCUUGUUUCAUGCAAAUAUCUUAAGAGGACUAGUGGCAUAAUGCAAGAGUUUGUUGGCAAAAAGAUGACAAACAUGUUGUUGACCUUCCAAAGGAAGUUCCAACACUGAGCCAUCCUCAGGUAAUAAGUGUAUAUGAGUAUAUCAAGUUUUAGAAUGAUAAUAAAUGGUGUACAGCACAUGUUAUCAAGAAUCCGGGUUUUCCCCCAUGGAGGAAGAAGGUAUUUAUGAAAUUGUUUGAGUAGAUUAGCUUAGGAAAGAUUGUACUCUUUGAGGUACAACAUAGGAGUGCAAGUUUUGUAGGGAUAUCUCUUCACCAAAUUGUUCACUAGCUUGUGGUAAAUAGGUUCUUGUUUCAUAUGCCUUAGCGUGAAAAUAUGUUUGAAGGGGUUUUUGUUUUAUUGCCCCCCUACAAGCUAUGUUGUGCUGUAGAUGUGUUCAGCACAUUUUUUAGUGCUGAUCUAGUAGUACCUAGUUUAUUAGCAGUAGUUUAUUUCUCUGCUUGCUUGUCUGGUGUACAUUAAUUGGUUUUGUAAUGCUGUAGAGAUGUAAUAAAGUGCUAAAUUAGCAAGGGAUAGUGGAUAACAAGGUGCUAAAAAUAGCUCUGUUUUUUAUGCUACG